CUCCCUCUGUGCAUGGUUCAUGGAUACAUGGAAGUUAUUUAGGAACAGCCAGAAAAAUAACGGAGAUAAACUUUCACUUUUGUCUUUAAAAUACAACCGUCGUUAUCACGGACUGCGCCGCUACAGUAAACCAGCUGUUUAUGUGUUGUUUUUAAAUGAAUGGCCGAAAGUUUAUCUCGACCCUAUCGUGAAUAGAGUCCAGGAGCGGGAUAGCGACCAAACCACCAUGAACGCUUUACUCUGUUCACCUUUGUGAUAAAGUCAGAGAGCCCAGCUUCACCCUGCAGGAUGCUCCGUGAGCUGUAUCCCUUCGUGGAGGACAGUUUCAGCCGCUUCCCGUCGCAGAGUAACAUCUACGGGCUGUGUCAGGCCGGGGAGCAGGAGCUGUUAGCGGCCACCCUCAAAGGGAAGGUGGUGUGUUUCAGAUACCAGGAGCUGCAGCAGAAAAUCAGACCCGUGGCCAAGGAGGUCCAGUUCACCUACAUACCAGUUGAUGCUGAAAUUGUGUCAAUUGAUGCCUUCAACAAGUCUCCACCCAACAGAGGCCUGGUGGUGGGCAUCACGUUUAUAAAGGACUCCGGUGACAAAGCCACUCCGUUCCUGAAUAUCUACUGUGACUAUGAGCCCGGCUCAGAGUUCAACCUGGAGUCUAUUGCGCAAAGCUGUCUGAAUCUGGAGCUGCAGUUCACGCCCUUCCAGCUGUACCACACAGAAGUGCAGUGUGACGACAGAGGCAGUGAGACGGUGUUUCUGCUCAGUGGCCACGACCAGAGGAUCCACCUGUACAAAGAGAACGCCUCCCUCCACCAGUUUGAAGAGCAGCCAGUGGAGAGACUCUUCCCUGAACUACAGCAACUGCCCAGCAAUGUGCUCUGGUUGGAUAUGUUGAGUUUAGCUGGUGGCCGGCGACUCUCUGCGUUCGGCUGUCAGAGCGGCUGUGUUGGACUGGCUCUGGUAAACCAGACUGGACCAGAGGUCUUGCAGAGCUGGCGGGUCCAGUUCGACAGUCCGAUCUCUGCAGUGCUGCUGUUCCCUCUGAGCUGCCAGGCUGAGCCCAAGCAGCCUAACGGAGAGACAAUUGUGGAAAUAGAAGGCUACAACCUUCUGGUAACCAGUACCAUUGAGAUGGCAGUUGUCUACAGAGAUGUCCAGGAGUGUGGUUUGUCUCGCUCCAUGUGUCUCUCAGAGAGUGACCAGUGGGACGCAGUGCUUUGUGCUCUAGUCAUUGACCUGGAUUUUGACGGGCAGAAGGAGGUGCUGCUGGGAACAUAUGGACAGGAGCUUCUGUGUUACAAAUUCCAUCCGGCAGGGAGCGGACAGUUUCAGCUGCAGUGGAGGCGGAGCUUCAAGAGUCCUUUGCUGUCCAUCAUCUACUUAGACCUGACCGGGGACGGUUUGAGAGAGCUGGCUGUCCUCACACUGAAGGGACUGCAUAUCUUACAGCAUAGUCUGACCAGCACUGCUGAUUUGGUCCUGGAACGGCUCACCCAGAGGGUGCCAGCACUGACAGCUGGCUCUGAGCUGGACUCGGCCAGAGCUGAGGACACUGAGGAGAAAGAUGCUCCAGCUCAGAAAGAAGAGUGUACAGAUCAGGCAGCAUCACAUUAAGCAGAACAGUGCAUUGUGUUUACAUGUGUAAGUCUCAGUGGUUCAGACUGGAGUAUUUGCCUUGUUUAAAGGUGUAGUGUUUUCUCAGGGGUGUGUGUCCCUGAAGAGUUACCUUUAGCUGUGAUGACAGACACUUGAAACCAGAAAUCACAUCACACACCAUCAAAACAGUAACACACCGCUUUCUGUUGUCAUACUGAAUGUAGGCGUAGAGUUCAAAUUAAACCAAAUGAAUGAGA